UGCUGGGCUUUGUGGUCCGCCGCCGCGGCCGGGCCCCCGCCGGGGGUGUCGCGCGAGCAUGUGCAGACGGCGGCCCAAGGUAGAGCCGCGAGCCGGGCCAGCCCGAGCCGCGCCUGGCAAUGCCAUGUUCGCGCGCGCGCUCUGAGUCCGCGACAGCAGCCCGGGAGCCGGCCGCCCGGCCGCGCUUGGCUCAUGUUUUCUUGUUUCUGUUUCAGCCUUCAGGAUAAUUCCUUCGGCGGCGCCGCUGUAACCGAGUGUGACGAAGAUACAGUCUCUUUACAUGAAGACCAGACUGACUGCUGCAGUCUCAGAGAUGAAAACAAUAAAGAAAACUACCCACAGGCGGGGGCUUGCAUAGAGGACCUCACUCCAGCCUCUCUUGAAGCUCAGCAGCAUGCAGAGCAGACCCUGCUGGUGGGCGGUGUGCUGAGACCCAGCAUGGGCAACUUCAAGUCCCGCAAGCCCAAGUCUAUCCUCAGAGCCGAGAGCGGCCGGAGUCAUGGAGAAAGCCAGGAGACAGAGCACGUGGUGUCUAGCCAGUCGGAGUGCCAGGGCAGAGUGGGGACACCAGCUCAUGAGAGUCCACAAAACAACAUCGUUAGGUGCCAGGAAACAGUGCGACUUCAACCAAGACUAGACCAGAGGGCCGCCAUUUGGCCAAAGGAUGCUUUUGAAGCUCAGCAGGACUUAAAUGAGGAAGAAGCUGUUCAGGUGCAUGGAGUUAAGGACCCAUCCCCACCCUCGACCCAGAGUGUGCCUGCCGAUGGGGCGGAUUCUGCAGACCCCAUGCCAACGCAUAAAGAUGGGCAGAGCGAUGCUGACGGUGUACCAGAAGACAUCCAGUCUGCAGGGACCAGCAGGCUCCUCUAUCACAUCACCGACGGGGAUAACCCUCUGCUGUCACCACGGUGCUCCAUCUUCAGCCAAAGCCAGAGGUUCAACUUGGACCCCGAGUCAGCCCCAUCUCCACCCAGCAGCCAGCAGUUUAUGAUGCCCCGGAGUUCUUCUCGGUGCAGUAGUGGAGACAGCAAGGAGCCCCAGACCAUCACUCAGCUCACCAAGCACAUCCAAAGCCUCAAGCGGAAAAUUCGCAAGUUUGAAGAGAAAUUUGAGCAAGAGAAGAAAUACCGGCCAUCCCAUGGUGACAAGACUUCUAAUCCUGAAGUUCUGAAAUGGAUGAACGAUUUGGCUAAAGGCCGCAAACAGCUCAAAGAACUAAGGCUGAAGCUAUCGGAAGAACAAGGGAGCAGUCCCAAAGGCCCACAUAGAAACCUACCUUGUGAGCAGCCCCCAGCCCCCAGAGAAAACGGGAGACCAGAAGCUGCAGGCCCUGAGCCAAGCUCCUCUGGAGAGGAGACUUCAGAUGCUGUGUUGAUGGAGAAGAAAGAACAGCUUCCCCAGGAAGAUGCCAAGGUAACUAAGCAGGAUAAGAACCUCAUAAAGCCUCUCUAUGACCGGUACAGAAUCAUCAAGCAGAUCUUGUCAGCACCGUCCCUUAUUCCGACCAUCCAGGAGGAAGAGGACUCUGAUGAAGACUGUCCACAGAGAAGCCAACAGUCUUCCUUGCCAGAUCCAGCAUCUCGCCUUCCUGUUGGUGAUCACCUUGCCUACUCUGAGACGGAGCCUGUGAGGGCCCUGCUACCAGAGGGAAAGAAAGAAGCCAAACAACCCGCUGUCUCCAUGUCCAAUUUACAUGAAGCCACCGUGCCUGUGCUUCUUGACCAUCUCCGAGAAACUAGGGCCGACAAGAAGAGGCUGAGGAAAGCCCUACGGGAAUUUGAAGAACAGUUUUUUAAACAAACAGGAAGAAGUCCACAGAAGGAAGACAGGAUGCCGAUGGCCGACGAGUACUGUGAAUACAAGCACGUGAAGGCCAAGCUGAGACUGCUGGAGGUCCUCAUCAGCAAGCAGGACGUGGCCAAAACCAUCUAGGCUCAGCUCACAGUCACCUCUGCCCAAGGCAGAGUCAAGUGUGUCCCCUCCACUGUUCCUGCCAAGUAGUUUUAAUGUACUGAAGAAGGAAGCACUUUAGUGGCAGAAUCAGCUGUUUUUAAGAGGGAAGAGUUAAUUACAUACAAGAAGGAAUUUAGAUGGGGAAAGAUAACAGUAACCUUGUAGUUGGCCAGAAUAUAUCCCAGCCUCCUCUAUGCCAAGGUGAAAACCCACAGUCACUGUAAUUGUUGCAAAAAGACAGCUAAUAUUUUGUCAGACCUAAACAGCACUAGCUCAGCCACCUGUUAGGGAAAGUUUAUUUAGUGUCCAAAGAUGUUUUUUUUUUGUUGGUGUGUGGAAAAGAGCACAAUUUAAAUAAAUUGGUGAGAAAAGGAAAAAUUCUGCUCUUUAUAUAGGAAGAAAAACAGCUAGUAAGAAAGUAAUUUAUUUGAAACUUCAAAUUGGUUUUUAAGUGAUACAACAUCUACUACCUUUCCCUUUAAGUCUUUAGGUGUUCAGUACCCUAAAGUAUACUAGAAUGUGUCACUCCUAAUUUUUUAUUUCAAUAUAAAAAAUAGUACAUUAUUUUAUGUUAUUUGAGAUUUUACAUUUCUGGUUACCAAAGUUCACUUGGAUAGCAUGUACUUUGUGAAUUAUCUUUGUCUAUAACUGACAGAUGUUUAUACUAAAAAUAAAAUAUUGAAAUUUUAAAAUAGGUAUUUUGGAUAGAUGUGUCUGUAGUAUAAUAACUAAUGUGACCAUAGUGUUAUUGCUAACUUUGUUUGCUCUAAGAUUGUACAACUAUUUUUCCAUUGGGAGUAUGCAUUUUUCUUAAUGUUCCAAGGUCUAUACUUUGUAAAGUGAAAACCUCAUGAGCUGUAUUCAUUCUGCACAAAGUGAAAGGCUUGGGAGUGUUUUGCCAAGACACACUGGAAAAGAAGUCAGAUCUUUCAUCUGCUUUACCAACUUUAGUGUAUCUUGUUUAGUGUUACUCCAUAUGUUUAAGAUACAUUUAUUGGUUUUGCUUUUCAUAAAACCAGAUGACAGGCAGAUGUUCCUUCAUACCCAGUCCUGUUUCUGUCUCCCUUCCUGUACUGUUCAGGGUGAUGCUGAGGCGAAGCAGGCUUCCACAUGCGUGGGCGGCAGGAGUGCCAGCUGCCAAGUGGAUGCCUUCAGAAGCUGUUCUCCCUGUACUCACCUGGUGUUUUAUACCUUUUAUGGAUCAGAAUACUGUC